AGAGGACUCAUCAGAGAGUUUCACACUUUCCUCUUUCUUCCUCUCUUCUCUUCUCCAACACUUCUCAGAGAAAAAACCCAAAAGCUUCUUCUUCUUCAUCUCCGUCGUGCUCCUCCACGAAAAUGCACGCCAAAACCGAUUCCGAGGUAACCAGCAUCGCAGCUUCAUCACCAACCAGAUCUCCACGUCGACCAGUCUACUAUGUCCAAUCACCGUCACGCGACUCUCACGACGGAGAAAAAACGGCGACUUCGUUUCACUCAACUCCGGUGCUAAGUCCGAUGGGAUCUCCGCCGCAUUCUCAAUCCUCUAUGGGCCGCCACUCCCGCGAAUCCUCCUCCAGCCGAUUCUCCGGCUCUCUCAAGCCCGGAUCUAGAAAAGUCAACCCUAACGACGGCUCUAAACGGAAAGGUCACGGCGGAGAGAAACAGUGGAAAGAGUGUGCUGUGAUUGAAGAAGAAGGUUUGUUAGAUGACGGUGAUAGAGACGGUGGUGUUCCUCGUCGUUGCUAUGUUUUGGCUUUCAUCGUUGGUUUCUUCAUUCUCUUUGGUCUCUUCUCUUUGAUUCUCUACGGUGCUGCUAAACCUCAGAAACCUAAAAUCACCGUCAAGACUAUAACGUUUGAAACGCUUAAGGUCCAAGCUGGUCAAGAUGCUGGUGGUGUUGGAACUGAUAUGAUCACAAUGAACGCUACUAUCAGAAUGUUGUAUAAGAACACUGGAACAUUCUUUGGUGUUCAUGUUACUUCAUCUCCUAUUGAUCUUAGUUUCUCCCAGAUCAAAAUUGGUUCUGGAUCGAUCAAGAAGUUUUAUCAGUCAAGGAAGAGUCAUAGUACGGUGGUGGUUCAUGUGACGGGAGAGAAGAUUCCGUUAUACGGAAGUGGUUCGACAUUGCUGCCACCAGCACCACCAGCUCCACUUCCCAAACCAAAGAAGAAGAAGAAAGGAUCUCCACCUGAGACACCCGAGCCGCCAGCACCACCAGCACCGGUGCCAAUGACGCUUAGCUUCAUCGUUCGAUCACGGGCUUACGUGUUGGGGAAAUUAGUGCAGCCAAAGUUCAACAAGAAGGUCGAGUGUGACAUCAACUUCGAACACAAGAAUCUUAACAAGCAUAUACCCAUCACCAACAAUUGUACCGUCACAACAGUUUGAAGAGAGGGAACGAACUGAAAAGAAAAAUAUUUAGUCGGCGUGAAACGAUGUCGUAUAGUGUAACGUGAUUUUACAGCUCAGCGGGCAGCGUUUUGGGUUGUCGAAGGGCAGCUAUGUAGAGGUGCCCGAAGGAAGAGAAGUAAGCAUCGUGUCGGUGGCUCUUUUUUAAUUUACAUGAGUGGUUUAUAUCUGUGUGUUGAAAAAUAUAUUAAUUUUAUUAUUAUGUGAAACAUGAGGAAUCAAAUUUUAUUUAUUUUUU